UUAGUUAGGGGUCAAAACAGCUAAAACGCAGUUUCUACUAUUAAAAGACAUUCCCCUUGACUUUUAUUCUCACAUAACUGGCGUAUUGAGAAAUGACAAACAAAAAACUUGGCAGCGAAAACAGAAUGGGAGUAUCACCUGCUUGUUUUUUAAGGAAGUGAUAUUUUUGAAGCAGUGUCAUAUGAGCAGCUGUUGCAGAGGAAAACAUUCAGAUCUGCAAUCGAACAGCAUGAAGGUCCUCGUCCUGCUUGUGUGCCUGUCCGUGGGCUGUCUCGCUCAGAGACCACGGCAUUGCAGAUACCCGCCACUGAUGAGCGGAAGCCUGUCUGUGUCCACUGCAAAUCAGAAACUGCUGGCAUUCUCCAAGUACAUCUAUGAUGGACUGGGAGAGCGCAUCCGCUUCAGACAGUUUGGACUCUAUGACAAUAAGACCUACCACCUUGAUGUGCUUCUACUGUACAGAGAGGGUGUUAUGUACAAAAUAAACAACAAGAACCGCACAUGCACUAAGCAGCAUCUGAGCCCUGACUUCCACCCGCUGGCAGUUCCAAGAAAUGCCACCCUGAUGGGCCAGGUUGUGUUGGGCGCCUCUUCUGGUCCUGGACAGGGAGUCCUGGUCAACAGUUGGUACGGGGAGGAGAAGACGAAGACGGGAUCAGCCAAGUACUUUACCACUGUCACCCAGUUUGGAUGCAUCCCCGUCAGUACUCUGUACCACACCAGCAGCGGUGACUGGGUGGUCAACAGCUUCUAUAACAAUGUCAUUGGAUUAGUCGAUCCCCAAAAACUCAACCCGCCAUUUUUCUGCAUGAAUGCUGAGCAGGGGGAUGAAGACGAGCCAGUAACAUUUCUCAGCUUGUUUAAAGAAUGAUUUUACAAAUGGUGGUGACAAUGAUGAUGAUGAUGAGUCACUGAACUGCAUUGCUGCCAUUCAUAAACAAGCUUCAUUUGGUUAAAAUUCAUGCUAAUAUUUAAUCAGAGUAUUUUCAUACAUAUUUUACAUUCAUCAGAUUGAGCAGCGUUUCCUCUAAAAUCUAUUUUUAAUCACACUGUUUCUCUUUUUUAAUAUUUUCCCAUAACAGUUUAUCGGUUAAAUUCGUGUUUUAACAUUUAUGUCAUAAGAAAAUAAAAACAAAUUCAGAAAA